AUGGCUCCCUCCAACAAGGCGUCCAAGGCCAACUCCAACGCCACAAGCCCAUCAGACACGUCAAUGCAUGACCCUGGGGAUGGGUCAAAUGGUCGAACCAAUGGUCAUGCCGACGACAGCAUGAUGGAGACCCCAGAUUAUUCGGAUUCUGAUACGAAUGCGAACACCACCGCCAGCAGUAUUGCAGGGGAUGCCUUGCAGCCUGAUGGACGAAAGCGGAGAAUAGAGGCUGCGCAUUUACGAAAGAGUAUCUUUGGCAAAAAACACAACCGUUUAGAUGUCUCCAAGGAAGACGAUACCAUUCGAAGAUUUCGGUAUUUGCUAGGAUUGACAGAUCUCUUCCGGCAUUUCAUUGACUCCAGCCCAAAUCCCCGCAUCAAGGAGAUCAUGCAGACAAUCGACCGUCAGAAUGAUGAAGACACACAAAAAAGCAAGCGGGGCCGCGCAAGAACUGGCGGGGCUGCAGCUGCUCGAGGUCGAAGAACUGAAGCAGAAGAGGAUGCGGAGUUGCUCAAAGACGAGAAGCGAGGAGGCCAAGCAGAGACGGUUUUCAGAGACUCUCCAGCCUUUAUCCAAAAUGGUGAGAUGCGGGAUUAUCAGGUCGCUGGCUUGAACUGGCUCAUAUCUUUACAUGAAAAUGGUAUUUCGGGCAUUCUAGCAGACGAAAUGGGUUUGGGAAAGACCCUGCAGACCAUAGCCUUCUUGGGUUACCUCAGGCAUAUUUGCGGCACCACUGGGCCACACUUGAUCAUGGUACCUAAGUCGACGCUUGAUAAUUGGAAACGCGAGUUCACCAUGUGGACCCCGGAGGUCGAUGUGCUCAUCCUACAGGGAGCUAAGGAUGAACGACAUCAGCUGAUCAAUGAACGACUUGUCGACGAGAAGUUUGAUGUCUGUGUCACCAGUUAUGAGAUGAUUCUAAGGGAAAAGACACAUCUGAAGAAGUUCGCCUGGGAAUACAUCAUUGUCGACGAGGCGCACAGGAUCAAGAACGAAGAGUCUUCCCUAGCUCAAGUCAUCCGCCUUUUCAACUCUCGCAACAGGUUGCUCAUCACCGGAACACCUCUUCAAAACAACUUGCACGAGCUAUGGGCGCUCUUAAACUUCUUACUUCCGGAUGUGUUUGGCGACUCAGAGGCGUUUGACCAGUGGUUUUCUUCACAAGAUGCUGAUCAAGACACUAUUAUUCAACAAUUACAUAAGGUCUUGAGACCCUUCGUCUUGCGGAGGGUCAAGAGCGACGUCGAGAAGAGUCUCUUGCCAAAGAAGGAAUGCAACCUUUACAUCGGCAUGUCCGAAAUGCAGGUCAAAUGGUAUCGCAAGAUUCUUGAAAAAGACAUAGAUGCUGUGAACAAUGCCGCGGGUAAGAAAGAGUCCAAGACACGACUUCUCAAUAUCGUGAUGCAGUUACGGAAAUGUUGUAAUCACCCGUAUCUUUUCGAGGGCGCUGAGCCUGGUCCACCCUACACCACUGACGAGCAUUUGAUUGACAAUGCAGGAAAAAUGGUCAUGCUUGACAAGAUUCUUGUUCGUAUGAAGAAGCAAGGAAGCAGGAUCCUCAUCUUCUCUCAAAUGAGUCGAGUGCUCGACAUAUUAGAGGAUUACUGUGUUUUCCGCGAACACAAGUACUGUAGAAUCGAUGGAUCGACCGCUCAUGAGGACCGUAUUGCCAGCAUAGACGAUUACAAUCGACCCGGCUCGGAAAAAUUUGUCUUUUUGCUCACAACUCGCGCUGGUGGCCUAGGCAUCAAUCUUACCAGCGCUGAUGUGGUAAUUCUUUUCGACAGCGACUGGAAUCCACAGGCAGAUCUGCAAGCCAUGGACCGCGCUCAUCGAAUUGGGCAGAAAAAGCAAGUACGAGUUUUUAGGCUUGUAACCGAGAAAGCCAUCGAAGAGAAGGUUCUUGAACGAGCAGCACAAAAACUUCGUCUUGAUCAGCUUGUGAUUCAACAAGGUCGAGCUCAGACAGCAGCAAAAGCGGCUGCCAAUAAGGAUGAGCUUGUGAACAUGAUCCAGCACGGAGCGAGUGACAUGUUCGGAGCCCAAGGGGCUACGGGGGCAUUAGAGAACAACUCAAAUUUAACCGAAGACGACAUAGACAAGAUUCUAGCAGAGGGCGAAGAGAAGACGAAAGCACUCAAUGCUCGCUACGAAAAGCUUGGCAUUGAUGAAUUGCAAACGUUUAAUUCGGACAACGCUUACGAAUGGAACGGCCAGGACUUUACUGCCACUCGAAAGAAAGAUAUAGGCAUGAGUUGGAUUAAUCCGUCAAAGCGAGAGCGCAAGGAGCAAUCAUAUUCAAUGGACAAGUACUACCGACAAGCAUUAGCAACGGGAGGCAGAACGGCUGAUACUAAACCCAAAGCUCCCCGUGCGCCGAAACAAGUUGCAGCGCACGAUUACCAGUUUUUCCCGUCAGAGCUUCGGGAUUUACAGGAUCGUGAGACGGCCUGGUAUCGCAAGGAGAUUGGCUAUAAAGUGCCCUUGCCUGAUUCGGAGGAGAUGACUGAGGAAGAAAAGGAGGCUGAACGUGAGCUAGAACAACGAGAAAUCGACGAGGCUCAACCACUCACAGAAGAGGAAACGGCCAAGAAAGAGCGAAUGACCGAAUUGGGUUUUGGCGACUGGAAUCGGCGAGACUUCCAACAGUUCGUUAACGGUUCUGCCAAGUCGGGUCGCAAAGCCUAUGAAGGAAUUGCUGAAGAAGUGGAUGGCAAAAACGCCAAAGAGAUCAAAGAGUAUGCCCUCGUAUUUUGGCAGAAAUACAGAGAGAUUCAUGACCACCAAAAAUACAUCAACACGAUUGAGCAAGGAGAAGAUAAGAGGCAGAGGGUUCAUCAGCAGAGAAAGUUACUGCGGAAGAAAAUGGAAAUGUAUCGGGUGCCCUUACAGCAACUAAAACUGAAUUACUCGGUCUCAACCACUAACAAAAAGGUCUACACCGAAGAGGAAGAUCGCUUUCUCCUCGUCAUGCUGGAUCGAUAUGGGAUUGAUUCGGAGGGGAUCUACGAGAAGAUUCGUGACGAGGUCCGCGAUAGUCCAUUGUUCCGCUUCGAUUGGUUCUUCCUCAGCCGGACGCCAUUGGAGAUCAGUCGUAGAUGUACUACCCUGUUGACUACCGUUGCUCGGGAGUUUGAGCCUAAUGGAGUUGCUGGUAAGAGCAGAGCAAGAGACGAGGUCUCGGAAGACGAGGACAGCGUUGCACCUACAAAGAAGAAGACAAAGGGUCCUGUCAAGAAUAAACAGCUUGAUGGCAUUAAAGGGAGCAAAGCCUCAUCGAACCAGUCAUCCAGGGCUGGUAGUGUUUCGGCGAACGGUUCGGCUCAAAAGGCAAAAGCAAAGGGCAAAAGAAGAUAG